GCAGGGUCGAGAUUGCUGUUGACGCGAGGUCCGGCCAUAACGUCGGUGGCAUGAACGAGCUCACGUUUACGGAAGAGAUGGAGAUCCUCGAGAUCAUCCAAGGCCACAGCGCGUCCAUGGGCUUCCUCUCGACCUUCCUCGCGACCGAGCCGUCGCUGCCCGCUGAUGACAUUGCACCUGCCAAGGCGCCGCGCCGGACGCGCACCAACCCCAAGGCCGAGAUCGAGUACCUUCGCACCAAGGAAAAGUCGUUGCGCCGCCAGCUCAAGAGCAUGCACGAGAAGCAGGCGAAACAAGCGACGAGCAGCGCCUGGAAGGGCCGCGCGAUCCAGCAGGCGCGCUGCGCCCAGCGCGCGCUGCUUGAAAACAACCGCCUCAAGGAGGCCGUCGAGACCCAGCUGCAGUUUGUCGAAGCCUUUGAGCGCGUCUUGGAGAAGCAGCCCAAGCUCUCGACGUUUGCAGCUUCCAACGGCCACGCGCUUUGGAAGCAGGCCGUGCUGAGCACGUCAUCGCGCGAGUCGGAUCUUGAGCUCUUGCUGCAGGGCCAGCGCGACAAGCUCGAGUCGGCGUGGAUUCGCCACCGCUUGCACGACGCGAUCGCGCAGCGCGAGGCCAUCCAGAAGACCUUUGUCGACUAUAGCUCGGACGUGGGCAUGCGCAUCAACUUUGUCCGUGGCGGCCUCAUUCCGCUGAGUCUCGACGACAUGAGCGACUUGCUGUGGACCCACGUGACGACACCGUUUGACGCGUCGUGCUCGAUGCUCCAAACGUUUCAUAGCGACCUCGUCUACACUCGGCAAGAUAUCAAGCUCGCCGACCCGGCCAUCCCGAUUCUCGAGACGCGCGCGGCCAUUCGCCGCUACAAGGAAGCUGACCGCACGGUCGUCGUGUGGCGGUCGAUCGUCGACGAUCAUUUGCUACCCCAUGAAAAUGGGCAUCUCAUUGACAACCGUGUGUCCUGGGUUACGUUGCAUCCGGUGGACGCGCAACAGUGCUACAUCUCGUCGCACGCAGUGAUUUUGACACCGUUGUUUCCAGCCAAUAUUCCCGAACGGCAGCCGGCGGUUGGCUCGUGGACAGAGCUUCUCUUGCGCGCUUCGGACGAGCUCACGGAAAAAUUUAGUGCAAAGCUGUUUGCUGCUGUCCUGAGCCGCCAACGUGCCCUCCAGGCGUGAUAUUGUAACAUCAAGAAUGAAUUUUCUAGAAACUUGA